AUGAGUGAGUUUGACUCUCCUCAGGUCUUAGACUGGGAGGACGACCUGCCAGACAAUGUUUGUUUUCGCCUCCCGGGCUUUACACUCCCCCUUAACUGGGAACCAACACCGUCGGGCACGCCCGGUUCAACGCCGCGUGCCAGCAUUGAUGGAAGACCGUCAGGGCUUCGUAUCCUUCACAUCCAAGGCAUCCCGCGCGGGAGAUUCCCCAGCGCAUUGAGCUAUCAGGAUGCUCUUGAUGAUACCUUGAGAUACCCAGCCUUAACGAUUCGAGAGAAUAAGAUGGUCCAUAUUAUGAAUGAGAUCACAGAUAGACUUAACUGGAAUGUAUCCGACGAUGGCGUUGUUGAUAAGUGGCACAAGGAAAUGCUGUCAGGAGAAUAUGGCAUUUCUGAAGCCAUGGCGAAGUGGGUAAUUGAUGAACUUCGUUACAAAACAAGGAUUUUCCACGAAUAUGGGCUUGUGGAUGUAUUCAAUGGAGGAGUGGUAAAAUCCGACACUGCUGUACCGAUAUCUGUCAACCAGUCGUUGAGAACGGGGGUUCGCAAACUUGAAGAUGUGCCCGAGAAUCUCAAGGAUUAUCAUCCUUCAACAGAUAAAAAGGUCCUCGGUCUAGUUCACCCAUCGCUUUUCCCCCUGGUGUAUGGCCGGUCACGUAUCUUAAAGGAGAAGAUAUUAGGACUUGAUGAUUGCAUUCCCAGCAGCGGCCUAGGAGAAACACUUCCAGUUCCGCGUAGCAAAUACACGGUGUUUGACGAAAAGCUGGAUAGCCAUUCCGGAUGGGCAGGUAAAUUUUGGGAAGAUAGGAUAUACAGUCAAAAGUUCCAAUGGCUACCUUGUAAUGUUACAUUUUUUGACGAGAAGGGCUCUUAUCUCUCCUUGGAUCCUAAGGACCCAUCCAAAGUUGCCGCAACAUCUGUUGCUCCGCCUUGUCGGAUAACAAGCUACAUCAACAACCUCCACCCUAACAAACAUCGAGAUUUAUACGGAACGAUUGAGCAGGUGGUUUCCCGAGCAAUACCGUUAUGGAAUAGAACUUUGUCGUCUCUGAGCGCCGAAUACACUCGACGGAUUAACUACGAUAUAUGCAUCAAGGAAAGCUCGCACAGAUCCCCCGGUCAAGAUGGAGAUGGAUUCAAAAAACCGAAACGAUCAGUGACCAAAUCGGGAUACGUAUUACCCGAACCUAGAAGGUUUGGGCCGACAAUGACACCGUCACUGUCCCCUGGGUCAGUUGAUCUAAAAAAGCAAUACGGCAACACCGGUUUUCAAGUGAUAGUAAAACUUGAAAAUAUCCAUCUUACCCCCGAGAAACCCAAAUAUGACGGCGUCUCCUGGCAUGUUGAGGGUCAGCUUAAUGAACACAUCUGCGCAACCGCCCUCUACUACUACGAUAACCACAACAUCACAACUAGCUACAUCAGCUUCCGUCAACAAUGCGAUACGAACCCACACAUUAAAGACACCCGCGGUGAAGACCCAAACACAUUCCUCCCUGAAAUCUUCGGCAAACAGACCUUAUCCUCCGCCACCCAAAUCCCCGGUAGCGUCCAGUGCUCCGAAGGCCGCCUCCUAACCUUCCCCAACACGCUUCAGCACCGUGUGGAACCCUUCGAGCUGGUCGAUAAGACACGACCAGGUCACUGUAAGAUCCUCUCCCUUUUCCUUGUGGACCCGCACAUCCGCAUCAUUUCGACAGCAAAUAUUCCCCCGCAGCGCCGCGAUUGGUGGACAGAGCAUCUCGAGUCGACGGGGGCGUUGAAGAAGUUACCGAAGGAGUUGGUGGAUAUGGUUUUUGGCAGUGAUAUCAAUUUUCCGUUUAGCAUGGAGGAGGCUAAGCGGUUGCGAGUGGAAUUGAUGUCGGAAAUGGCGGCCAGGGCUACAGAGCAGGAUAGUCAUUUUAGGUAUAGGGAGUUUUCGGUUGUUAAGCGGUAG